AUGGGAACCAACAACCCAGUCAACCAAUCUAGAGUGUCAUCAUACAGGAUUGUACUGUUGGGGAAAAGUGAGGAAAAGAAGAUCAAACUUGGUAACCUGAUCAAUGGGUACCAAGGUUUUCACUGCCAAAAACAGUCACCAAUAAUGCACUGUGUGGCCUGCUGUAGCGAGUGGAGAGGAAAGCCAUUAACAGUGGUGAAAACUUCAAACCUGUUCACUCUGCCUGUGGAGGACAUGAGAAAAACAGUGAAGAGUUGUCUGAGUCUCUGUCCUCCUGGACCUAAUGUUCUGCUGCUGUUGGUGAAACCGUCUGAUUUCAUUAACGAAGACACAAACACUCUGAAGUUCAUACUGAGUUUGUUUGGUGAAGAUUUCUAUAGACACUUGAUGGUCAUCAUCACAGAUCAGGAUGAAAUGAGUCUCUCUUUAAAUGAACUUGUUAGAAAAUGUGGAAGACAGCAUUACAACAUGUUUGAAGAUAAUUGUGAAUCAUUAAUGGAGAUGAUUCAGAAAAUGGUAAAUGAAUCCAAUGAACCACUCCUGUUAAAGAACGACUUCAUCAAACCAUCUUUAAACCUGGUUCUGUGUGGGAGGAGAGGAGCAGGGAAGACGUCAGCAGCCAAGGCCAUUUUAGGUCAGACUGAGCUUCAUUCAGUCUCCAACUCAUCAGAGUGUGUUAAACAUCAGGGAGAGGUGUGUGGACGUUGGGUUUCCCUGGUGGAGCUGCCUGCCUUGUAUGGAAAAUCUCAGGAGGCAGUGAUGGAGGAAUCACUCAGGUGUAUCUCCCUCUGUGAUCCUGAGGGUGUCCAUGCCUUCAUCCUGGUCCUACCUGUGGCUCCCCUCACUGAUGAAGACAAGGGAGAGUUAGAGACCAUCCAGAACACAUUCAGCUCUCGAGUCAAUGACUUCACCAUGAUUCUGUUCACUGUGGACUCAGAUCCUACAGAUCCAGCUGUUGGUAACUUUAUAAUGGAAGACAAGGACAUGCAGGAGCUCUGUGAGAGCUGUGGAGGAAGAUCUGUUGUUCUCAACAUUAAGGACAAACAGCAGAUCCCAAAACUGUUAGAUAACAUGGACAAAAUGAGAUUGGGAAAGGACAAACAAUGGAGUUAUACAACUGUAGCCUUUGCACAUGCUCAAAUACGAAAGAUUCUACAACAAGAGAGAAACAUCACUUUGCACAAAGCUGAACUUGAAAAAUUUAAAAACAAGAUGCACAGCACCUGUGAUGAGGAGAAGCAGAGCACCAAAAGUCUCAGGAUUGUGCUGAUAGGAAAGACCGGCAAUGGAAAGAGCUCUACAGGAAACACCAUUCUAGGAAGAAAGGAGUUCAAAGCAGAAUCGAGCCAAACAUCAGUCACCAAAUACUGUCAGAAAGCACAGGGUGAAGUGGACGGUCGUCCUGUUGCUGUGGUCGACACUCCUGGACUGUUUGACUCAACUUUGACACAUGAAGAAGUUCAUGAGGAGAUGAUGAAAUGUGUCAGUCUUCUGGCUCCAGGACCACAUGUCUUCCUGCUGGUGUUAAAAAUUGGCAGAUUCACACCAGAGGAUAAACAAACACUCGAUUUAAUCAAGAAAGGUUUUGGAAAAAGUUCUGGAAAGUUCACCAUCAUUCUUUUAACUGGAGGAGAUUCACUGGAGGAUGAUGAGGUGUCUGUUGAAGAGUACAUCCAACACAAAAGUGAUGAUUCUUUUAAGAAGCUGAUUGCUGACUGUGCAGAAAGAUACCAUGUGUUCAAUAACCGUGAGAAAAAAAGCCGCACACAAGUCAGCGAGCUGGUAACAAAGAUUGACACCAUGGUGAAGGACAAUGGAGGAAGCUGUUUCACCAAUGAGAUGCUGCAAGAGGCUGAAGCAGCAAUAAAGAAGGAAAUGCAGAGGAUCCUAAAGGAGAAGGAAGAAGAGAUGAGGAAACAGAUAAGGGAACUUGAAAGAAAACAUGAGGAAGAAAAAGAAACAAUGAAAAGAAGAAUGGUUGAACAGGAAGAGAAAAUUGAACAAGAGAGAAAACUGAGAGAACAACAACUUAAAGAAAAGGAGGAACACAUCAACAAAGAGCGCGAGCAGAGAAAGAAAGAACAGGAGGAGAGAGAAGAAGAAGACAAGAUGAAGAGAAAAGAGGAAGAACUUCAAAGAAAAGAGUGGAAACAAAAAUUUGAAGCUUUAGAAAAAAAAAUAAAAUCAGAAUCUGAAGAAAAAGAAACCAUAGAUAAAAAGUUGAUACAGAACAGAAUGGAAAUGAGAAAACAACAAGAGGCCUGGGAGGAGGAAAGAAAAGACUGGUGGGAGAAACGAUAUCGUGAAGCUCGACAGUCUCGCAUUAAGGAGCUAGAAAGAAUUGAAAAGCUCCAAAAAGAAUUUGACCUGGAAAGAGAAACAUAUGAAAAAAGAAAAGAAGAAGAUCGAAUCAGAAGACUACGUGAAGAAAAAGAGAGAAAAGACUUAGAGGAAAGCUACAAAAGAAAGAUAGAUGACAUGAAAAAGAAAUCUGAAGAGAAUGCCAGAAAACAAGCUGAAGAGUUAAAUGACUUCAGAAGAAAAUACACCAAAGAUCUCGAAGCUUUGGCGAAAAAACAUGCUGACGAACUAAAGAAGCUGAUGCAAGAGCAAGAAACAGAAAUGCAACAGAAAAACCAAGAACACAGCGCACAGUUUAAUCAGCUACAACAACGCUCAAGAGACACAGAAAAGAAACUCAAAAAAGAACUGAAGAAGAAAGAAGAAAAUCAACAAAAACUGGAGGAACUGAACAAAAAACAAGAACAAGAGAUAAAUGAUCUGAAUGAGAAGUACAAAAAUAAAUGCACUGUCUUCUGA